UAACGAACAACAGCCUCUCGUUGUUCCAACCGAAGAUAAUACACUCAAAACACAGAAGCAAGAAGAAGAAGAAGAAGUAACCAUUGAAGUAAGUAAUUAUUCAAAGAAAAACAGAAAAAGAAAGAAGCCGAUAUGCCGAUGAAAGCAAUAUCCCCAACAUCAACAGCUAUAAUUAUUCAUUCCCAUCAUCACAGCGUCAAUCACCACCGUUGGUUCUUAUCUUUAUCACCUCGGCCCCAACGGCAGCAGCACCAGCACGAGCACCUCACGAGAUCAACUCCCAAGCCCCAUAGUCUUAAGCUAACGUUCAUAACAAAAGCAGCUGAUUCAACCUCUCGGCCUUCUUCUUCUGUUGCCAAAACCAUUGUCACUGAUGAUGGCUUCUCGUUCUCUAAGCUAUCGUUUGGUGUUAUUGGACUGGGUGUUGGAAUUUCACUCCUCUUGUAUGGUUUUGGGGCAUAUUUUAACUUUCUCCCUGGAUCUGAAUGGUCGGCAAUAAUGCUGACAUAUGGCUUUCCUCUUGCAAUAAUUGGAAUGGCCUUCAAGUAUGCAGAACUCAAACCAGUGCCAUGCUUGACCUAUUCAGAUGCUCAAAUGUUGAGGGAAACUGGCGCCACUCCUAUCCUUAAGCAGGUAAAGAGUGAUGUUACAAGAUAUCGUUACGGGGAUGAACAGCAUUUGGAUGAGGCAUUGAAGCGGAUUUUCCAGUAUGGUCAGGGUGGAGGAAUUCCUCGAAGAAGUGCACCUAUUCUACAAAUGAUCCGGGAAGAAGUUACAGAAGAUGGUAAAUACUGUCUAGUCCUGGUGUUUGAGGCUAAAGCUUUGCAAUUGUUAGAUUUUGAACAGAGACAGGUAAUCUGGCAAAAUUUGCUUCUUUCUUUGGACCAGGGAUCACAGCUGAAGUAGGGAAGGGAGAGAAUAACAUAUAUGAAGUUCGACUUAUUUCAAAUUCCACCUCCAAUGCAUCAGCUUCGUGAAGUUUAUGAUGGCGGUUUCAUCUAAUUCUGCUUUCGGGUUUGACUUUGAUAUGUUGUUUCUCAUGAAAUUUUGUAGUAUAUGUGUAUAUAUAUACAUAUAUAUUCAAUGUCAAAUGCAUUUUAUAUCAAUAUUAGAAUCUCAAGAAGAUAGGAAAAAAAAAGUGCAAAAUAGUUGGCAAAAUCAUUGACAGCUAGAACUGAUAGCUAAUAUCCGAUGUUUGAUUGGGUGGCUAACAAUUAUUUGUUCUGGGAGAACAUGUGAGAUGUUUUGUCUGCAAAGCUUGCUAAGUGGCCUAUAGAUGGUAGAAAUAUGAACUUUAUCUUGAGCUUGGAUCACAAACUAUCUUGACUUGGGCAACUUUCUUA